CGUUCUCGCGUGAGGAGAGGCGCGAGGCGCAGCCUCAACAAUUCCCUCGUUGCCUUCUCUCGCCUUGGAACAAGACGUGGCGGCGUCCCUGCCUUCUCUGCGCUGGGCUGUCAUGAGGUCCGUUGAGACCCGUCGCUUCCCCCGGUUAGUCAGCUGUUUGUCACUGGUAGUCGCUGCCAAGCCCUUGUAGGUCACAGGGUGCAGCGCUGGACAGGCCCGCGGGGCACUUAGGCAAUGGGGCCACCCCUGCCCCAGAAGGUUGGGAAAAGGCCUAUUCGCCAUUCUACUUUUGGUCAGGUAUAGUAGGUGGCACAGGCCUACAGGCCUAAUUUCAGCACAAGGCAGGAGGGUGACAAGACCAGGCUGGGCUGUUCCGUUUUCAGGGAGUAGCUCAUGCCACGUGAUGAUUGUUCCCGUGGGAAGUCAGCACAGUGAUAAAGGCUCGAAGGAAUGAAUUCCUCACUGGAGAAGACACAGGGAUCAUAGCUAGCAGGCUGUGUGAGGCAGCACAGGCCUUCAAUCCCAGUGCUCACUGGAAAACUGGCAGGCUGAUCAAAAUCUGAUCCACAUACCCUGUUCCAGGACUCGUACACAUCACAUAUAAGUCCCAUCCUCAGCACCCAAGGGAAAAGCACAUCUUACCACUCCUAAGUCCAAGGCUGGUGAACCUGAGUUCAAGGCCAACCUGGUCUACAGAGUGAGGUCUAGGCCCUUCAGAGUCAACCUGGGUCUCAAAAUGACAAAAACAAAACAUAAAAAGCUGGGUGUGGAAUUCUUGCCAGUACUGGGGAAGCGAGGAAGAUCACCAAAUUGAGCUUAAUCAGUGACCUCUAUAUGCACGCACACACACACCCACCCACACACACACACACACACACACACACACACACACACACACCUGUAGAAUCAUGAAAGCAAAGCUGGAUUAUGUUGUGCACUUUUCUAUCUUUCUUAUUACUGUUAAGUCUGAAACCCUGGGACAAACUGAGGUGACUAACAUCAAAGUGGACCUGGCCAUGAGGUUUUCCCAGAAUCCUUCAGGGUAUGGCAGGCAUGCCCUGCUCCCCACCCUAAACUUCCCCAACCCAAGGUCUGGACUGCCCUUCGUCCAGCUGCCUUUCCUUAUAUAAUCCAGCCAUUUUAGCUAUGGCACUCUCUUCGUCAGUGUCUUAACCCAGGCUGCCCCUCUGACUCUCCCAGCCGUCUUUGCUCUGACUAUGCUCUCUCCCUUUUAUCUACAAUAAAAUUCCUCCUCCACCAUCCCUAGGAGCGAUCAGUCCUUCAGCUGUGCUUUUUACAGUUGUCGCCUAAUGACCGCCCCUCUAAUAGGCAGCUAGCUGCCCUCCAUUUGACCAGCCAUACUGACCUUGACCUCUACACAGGCUGUGCAAGUAUGACACACUGGUCAUUCUGUCACAGUGUCACAUGGCUAUGUCCCAAAAAAGACCUGUAUGUCCUCCUUACCUUUUUGAGUUGUGAGUGUGGUCUCCAGGGCUCCCAUCUACCCAGUUAAGUGUUAAAAUCUUCACUCCCAUCUCAUGGCUUUCCACCUUUGAAGAUCCUGUAUUACGAGUCAGUCCUGCUUACUCGUGUCAUCGAGGUACCCAGGUAGUUGGGGAGCCAUGACUUUGAAAGGUAGGGAACAUUUGUGAAGCAACGGGAAACAGGAUAUGGUUAAGCAUGCUGAGCUCUAUGAAGCUAUGUAAAGGCAAACUCAGGAGGGUAAGAUAAAGACUCACUAGUCUAAGGGGUUUACAGCCACCAGAGGCUUUAAGUGGAGCGUUUUCUCAGAUUCGUGGAUGAAAACAUCACGUAAACAUGAUGUGGGGGGUUGGGGAUUUAGCUCAGUGGUAGAGCGCUUGCCUAGGAAGUGCAAGGCCCUGGGUUCGGUCCCCAGCUCAGCUCCGAAAAAAAGAAAAAAAAAAAAAAAAAACCAUGAUGUGGCUUUAGUUCCAAGCCUUCCUGGGAAGGAGAGCACUGGAGACCUGAGGAAACCUGAAGAGGACUUUGGGAUAACACAGAUUAAAUCACGUGCCUCAGAUGCACUACAAUUGCAUUUAGAGAGAUAAUUGUAGUAAUUAGAGAAAUAAUUAAAGCUAAGUGACCUCCUACAGGCAGGCCCCAAUCCAGCGGGCCUGAUGUCCCUUUAAGAAAAGACAUUGCAGCUGGGCAUGAUGGCUAGAGCCUUUGACCCCAGCACUCAGCUGAGGCCGGUGGGUCUCUGUGAAUGGGAAGCCAGCACGGCCAAUUUAGUCUCAGGUCAGCCUGGACUUUAUAGAGCAACCUUUUCUCACUAUAAAAAAGGAUAAUGAAUGAAGAGAAUGCAUCAGAAGGGAGAAGACUGAGGCUGAGCGCAGUUGAGUAUCUAUUGCAGUAGUUAGAGGAGGUGAGAGAAGAAGUUAAAAUCUGGCAAUUAAGAAAGCCAUACAGGGGGUUGGGGAUUUAGCUCAGUGGUAGAGCGCUUGCCUAGGAAGCGCAAGGCCCUGGGUUUGGUCCCCAGCUCCGAAAAAAAAAAAAAGAACCAAAAAAAAGAAAGCCAUACAGAUGGACUGGAGAGAUGGUUCAGUGGUUAAGAACACUGGCUGCUCUUCCAGAGGUCCUGAGUUCAAUCCCCAGCAUCCACAUGGUGGCUCACGACCAUCUGUAAGGGAUCAGAUGCCCUCUUCUGGUGUGUCUGAAUAUGGUAACAGUGUGCUCACAUAUAUACAAUAAAUAUAUUUUUAAAAAAAGGGGGGGCUGGAGAGAUGGCUCAGCGGUUAAGAGCACCCAUCUACUCUUCCAGAGGUCCUGAGUUCAAUUCCCAGCAACCACAUGGUGGCUCACAACCAUCUGUAAUGAGAUCUGAUGCCCUCUUCUGGUGUGUCUGAAGACAGCUACAGUGUACUCAUAGACAUAAAAUAAAUAAAUCUUAAAAAAAAAUGACUUUUUUUUAAAAAGAGCCUAAGCUGGGCCUGGGUGAUAGCCGAAUAGUAGGCCAUGUGUAUACUCUUAAAGCUCCAUCCUCAAGUUUGUGACUGAAGAAAAGUGAAAUCAAGAAGCUUUUGCAAGGGCUGGAGAGAUGGCCCAGCGGUUAAGAGCACUGACUGCUCUUCCAGAGGUCCUGAGUUCAAUUCCCAGCAACCACAUGGUGGCUCACAACCAUCUGUAAUGAGAUAUGAUGCCCUCUUCUGGUCUGAAGACAGCUACAAUGUACUUACAAAUAAAUAAAUCUUAAAAAAAAAUUUAAAAAAAAAAAAGAAAGAAGCUUUUGCAAGAAGUCUGGACUUGGUGGCACUUUAAUCCCAGAACUCUUGUUAUUUUGUCUUUUUUUUUUUUUUUCUUUUUCUCAGAGCUGAGGACCGAACCCAGGGCCUUGCGCUUAGCUAGGCAAGCGCUCUACCACUGAGCUAAAUCCCCAACCCCAAUCCCAGAACUCUGAAGGCAGAGGCAGCCAGAUCUAUGUGAGUUUAAGAACAGCCUGGUCAAUAAAGCAAGUUUGAGGCCAGCCAGGGCCACACAGUGGGACCCUGUCUCAAACAAGACAAGAAGAUCCGUUUGUAGAAUAGAAAUGAAGGCUUCGGUCGACAGAUAGAUUGAGGUAGAAGACAGACCCGUCUGAGCCUGCUCCAGCUUACUCUUGUGCACAGUUGCUGCCUUCAGGCCGGGCAGCACUUUGACGACACACUGAGGCUAAUUUCCAGGGGAAAAUGACUCUACAACAUGUUCACACACGUCAACAGCUGCCGCCUGCCGGCACACCAGGGCGUAGAAACGGAUGGAUCAUUUGUUUUGCGUGAAUAAACAAUGCCCCCUGCCCGUGACUCUUAUCAAACCAAGGCAGAGUCUACACUCAUGAACUUAUCUGUGGAAGCAGGUAGAACCCCUCAGCUGGCACUGUACAGAGUGGCCCCAUUUUGACCCAUCACCCGUGAGCCUUGUCUAAGAAGCAGGCAGAAGAGGCUGAAGUGAAAGACUGUUCUGAGACUCCAGCCCACUGCAACCUCAGUCCUGUGGUGUGCUGUCUGCUUCAGAUCAACAAUUGAAAUGACCAGACACCUGGGCCUGUACUGACAAUGGUGUCUAGUCAGACUUCCUUGUAGCCCCUACAGGACUGAGAUUGUAUCAGUUCAAGUUCAGGAGAGCAUCCCUGAACUCUGCAGCGUCUGUAACUCUUGUCGCCAUUCUGUAAUUGGUGUAAAUACAUCAUUGUAUGACAGGGUGAUACUAAUCCUGGCAUUAAAGGACCCGUGAUUGCUAGACUCUUGAACUCAAAAUUACUUGUAAAGUUGCAGCCAAUGAAACUGACACAGCUCUGAGAGUGUAUUUGCAUAAGAGCAAUUCCAGGUGCUGCUGGAUAUGACCUUAUAAGAGGAUAGGUUUAACCUGACUACUAGGCUAUAUGACCUUCUACUGUGGGGCAAAUGGCGGGGUACAGGGCUAUGCAUGCCGGCUCAGGCAGGUCUGGGGAAGGGGAGAGUGAUCCUACUCCUGCUGAUCUCAGGAAGAGAUUUCUGGGGUUUGGACAUGACCCAAUAUUUGAUCCCGGCCCCACAGGAAGGAUCCUCAAGGCCUGUGGGUGUGUCUGUAUUUCCUUGAUUGCUAAUUGAUGUAGGAGGUCCCAGUCCACUGUGGGCAGCUCCAUUCCUAGGUAGGAGGGCCUGAGCUAUAUAAAAAAGGUAGCUAGCUGCCAAUAAGCCUGGCAGUAACCUGGAAGUGUUCCUUGAUGGUUGCUGUUCAAGGUCUUGCCUUGAGUUUCUGCCUUAGCUUACCUAGAUAAUUUAUUGUAAAGAUGAAAUAAACCCUUCCAUCUCAGAUUGUCUUUGGGCAUGAUGUUUAUCACAUUAACAGAAAGCCAACUAAUACACAUUAUAAAGAAUUUAGCUAGCCUGGUCUACAGAGCAAGUUCCAGGACAGCCAGGGCUAGAUAGAGAAACUCAGUCUUAAAACACAAACCUAAUUCCCUCCUAGAAGGAGGGAUGGGAGCACUAUAGGACCCUCACCUGAGUAUCCAGCCACUCCUCCCGACCAGUUGUAUGCAAUUCUCAAACUGCAUGUGGCCUUAGUGGGGAGCUCCAGUACGCAGGCUGGGAAAGACUAGGAAGGAAACUCCGUCUGGCCGGCCACAGGCAAGCUUUCACCCAUGCUGGGUGCAGACCUAGGGUCACCAAGGCUCCUAGUCAUAAUUCUGCAUGCAUGCUUUGUAAGUAGCACUAAUAAACCCAUUGGUUUCUCAGGGUAGACUUUGGUGAGAAUCAAUCUUUGUUUUGUCCUUAGAUCUUUAUGGGGAGGGGAGAAGACAUUGUUUAGACUUCCCCCACCCCAGAAUGAGAAUUGAGAAUUCUAUAGUGCGUGUGUGUGUGUGUGUGUGUGUGUGUGUGUGUGUGUGUGUGGUGUUUAGAAAGGUCAGAAACAUUUUUGAGUUUACCUUAAUAAAAGAGAAAAUGAGCUGCACAAAUUGAUGAGGUGUAAGAGGGGGGUCUAGGGAUGUGGCUCAGUCGGGAGAGAGCUUUCCUAGUGUAUAUGAAAUCCCGAGUUCCCUCUCCAGCGCUGCAUAACCGCUGUGUGGCACAGACCUGCCGUCACAGUACUAGGGAAGUAGAGGGAGAGGAUCGGAAGUCCAGGGUCAUCCGUCACUGCAUAGCUGGUUUAAGAUCAGCCCGAGAUAUGACACAUGAAACACCUUCAAAAUCAUUUUAAGAAAAAAAAUAAUUUUAAGACUUUAAUCCCAGCACUUGUAAGAAAGAGUCAGAGGGAAUCUCUGUGAGUUCAAGGCCAGCCUGGUCUACAAAGGAGUUUCAGGGCAGCCAGGGCUAUACAGAAAUGAGGGACAUUGUUUUUUAAUAUAUUGGCUCGAGCAAGCUCUAAGGAGAAAAGUGAUGCUUUGGUCCUGAGGCGAGUAAGGAGGAAUGUGGUGAAGUCCACGCUUUCAUGUGGGAAGCAGACACAGGUAAAUCCUGAGAAAUAAGCCCAGUGCGGGUGAGAAAUUGCUGAAAGAGACAGACAGAGAUGCUUUAGGCCCUAAAGUUUAGGGGAUGAGCACUUUAGAAGGAGGGAAUUCCCAAAAUGGUGAGAUAGUUUAAAAUGAGGGGAAAGUGUCUUGAAAACUGUCUGAAGAACUUUCCUUUUGUCUUACUAUCAAUAAGGAACUUAGAUAAUUGAAAAUUCUUUAUAAAAUUUUGAUAUAUGUCCCUCACUUUUGAGUAUAUGAAUACCCUGUUAGAAUGGUUAUCCAAAAAUGCCUCUCUGGUUGUGGUUAUUAUAGGAGUCUUUGUUUUUUGUCAGACAGUAUUUCUCUAUGUAGCUCUGGAUGUUCUGGAACUCGCUAUGUACACCAAGAUGGCUUUGAACUCACAGAGAGCCCAGAGCUCCACCUGCGUCUGCUUCUCAAGUUCUGGGAUUAAAGCCAUGCGCCAUUACACCUGGCUAGAAUUAGGUUUUGGAAGAAAUUAAGAAAGUGGAUUUGUGGGCUGGAGAGAUGACUCAGAGGUUUAGAGCACUGGCUGCUCUUCCAGAGGUCCUGAGUUCAAUUCCCAGCAACCAUAUGGUGGCUCACAACCAUCUGUAAUGGAAUCUGAUGCCCUCUUCUGGCCUGUAGUUGCAUAAUGCAGGCAGAAAGCUGUAUGAAAUAUACAUAAUAAAUAAAUAAAUUUAAAAAAAGAAAGGUUUAAAAAAAAAAGAAAGUGGGGCUGGAGAGAUGGCUCAGUGGUUAAGAGCACUGACUGCUCUUCCAAAGGUCCUGAGUUCAAAUCCCAGCAACCACAUGGUGGCUCACAACCAUCUGUAAUAAGAUCUGAUGCCCUCUUCUGGUAUGUCUGAAGAUAGCUACAAUGUAUAUAAUAAAUAAAUAAACCUUUAAAAAAAAAAAAAAAAAGAAAGUGGAUUUGUCAGAGGCAGGGUAUUGACACCUCUGCUAUGAAUCGCAUUGCAAGAAUGAUCGCUAUACUGCUUCAUUUGAGUUAUGUUCUGAUGUAGAAAGUGUAAAAGCUCACGCUGGCUGUUCAGUGGAGGUAAAAGGAGGGGCCAUGCUAACAGAUGCUGCAGCACUAAGCCCAAGAUGGGACAAGUGCUUCAAGGUUUGCCCCACUGACUUCCUUAGUAGCUGUUUCCAAGAUUCACCCUUGUGCUCAGGACUGCUUUGAGCUGUGGGACUGUGGAAAUUAACGAGUUUGAAGUGGAAAUACUUGCAAUUAUUGAUCGCAUUUGGGGUUUCUGUUGGUGGUCGUAGUUCCUUUUGCUGUUGCUAUUUAUUUAUUUAUUUAUUUAUUUAUUUAUUUAUUUAUUUAUUUUGAAGGGAUUCUAUUUGUUGAAGUGUGGUCAACGGCUGCAGAAAGGGGUCCUGGUGCAGAAUAACAUGUCCACUGCUGACGAUGAGAGCCUUGUUUACUGACUGGGCCUCAUUCAUGCUAAUUCAGAACAUGCCCAGGUCAGGUGUGCCUAGAAUCCCAUGCUGUAAAGAUUCCUCUGACCCAAUACAGUCUACAGGAACCAUAUUACUUAGGCUUUGCUGGGAAACCAGGCUGACAACUCCUCAGAGAACACUGAGCUGUAACCUGGCCAGGGACCUCACCUGACCAUGCACACGGCAAGGGCACAGACAGACGAUGCCAAGUUCUCACCACUGGAGGCAGUUCUCACCACAGGUCCUACUGGGAACAAGCCUGCUUGAGCCUGAGGAAGGGAGAAGCCAAGGAAAUCAGCCUGCGCUUCUCACCAGUUACUGAAACACGGGGAUGUAGAUGGCACCACGGUUUAUUUGCAAAAGAAAUGAACUUAAUUGUAAUUGUACUGAGUCUAAAGUGUUGUCUUUUGAGACAGUUUCUCUGUGUGGCCCUGGCUGCCCUGGGACUAUGUAGAUCAGACCAGCCUGGAACUUACAGAGAUCUGCCUGCCUCUGCCUCCUGAGUGCUGGGUGGGAUUAAAGGUGUGCACCAUCAUGCCCAGCUAAAUUUGUUAUUUUUUUUAAAGAUGUAUUUAUUUAUUAUAUAUGAGUACACUGUAACUGUCUUCAGAUGCACCAAAAGAGGGCGUCCGAUCUCAUUACAGAUGGUUGUGAGCCACCAUGUGGUUGCUGGGAAUUGAACUCAGGACCUCUGGAAGAGCAGUCAGUGCUCUUAACCACUGAGCCACCUCUCCAGCCCUAAAUUUGUUAUUUUUAUAUCAAGAAAUGUCUUACCAAUUACUCUGUCCAAAUCACAAAGACAGCCCAUGUAGUUAUCCAGUCCAAGAGAGCACGUUAGUCUGGCGUGACUUUUUUAUACCCAUUUCGGCUUAGUGGUUGUCUAAAUACACACUUUGGGGGCAGUUCAUUCUAAAAUCCUGACCCACCUGAAUUGAGUCUUUAGUUCAAGUUCUAUGCACUUCUCAAAAAUCAUGGCUCAGAGGUAUUCGUGCACACCAUAGUCCCAGGACUUGGGCCUGAGGCAGGAAGACAGUGGGUUUGAGGCCAGUUCAGUCUAUAAACAUAUACAUCUCAGGAAAAAUAUCCUCAAUAAUAAAGCUGAUUUUUAUAAUUUAAGGAAAUGUUUUCAUUGUUACCAGUUUGGUGUCAAAUAUCCAAUUUUUCAUGAAAUUUUAAAUUUCCCAUUGUUUAGUGGGGUUAACCUGAAGGUACCAUAAAAAUUCUUGCAAUGUAAUUUUUCAGCCCAGGAAUAAGGGAUCUCUUUUGAGAAGUUAAAUGUUUUCAUGUAAUCUUCAUCUUUAAUUCCCUCUUCCAAUGUUUGUUUUGUGCUUCCAAUGUUUGAGGUUCCCCGGCCCCAGCCAGGGGAAAAGGCAAACAUCUCCAGUACCCAUUAUACCAUGAUUCCAGCAGUCUAACUUUUUUUCCUUUUGCCCCAAAUGGUUUUUGUUUUUUGUUUUGUUUUGUUUUGUUUUGUUUUUUGACCAGCAAUCUCUCUUCUCUGGGUGGUUUUGGGUGCAGAGGGCUGUGGGGCAGCCUUAGCUCUGGGCACAGAUGGAGACUGGAAGACACAUUUAUAUAUAUGUAUGUAUGCAUGUAUGUAUGUAUGUAUGUAUGUAUGUAUGUAUGUAUGUAUGUAUGUAUGUAUAUCUCCCAGGUUUUGGCUUAAAUUUCUCAAAACCUACUUUGGUAGAGGUUCUUAAAUGCUUCGACCUCCCUUAUAGCUCACCUACCAAGGGUAGGGGAGGAGGAUGGUUAGUAGGACAGGGAGCUGUGGAGGCAGGGACCUGUUUAGAAGUAGUUCUUUUUGGCAGUUCCAGUCUUCGUUGUCAGCAGUCCAGCCCACUAGCAAAACACCAACCAGGAAUCAGCAGCAGCUUGGUCCAGAAGUAUCCAUGUGUCUCCACUGAUCAGCAGGAGUCUGAGGAAGUGCAAGAAGCCUCAGGAAUAUCAGGAGAAGUUCUUUUGUGCGCGUUUCUCUAUGAAGUCAGACAAGUGAAGAUCAGUGAAGAAAGCUAGGCGAACAAAUGCCACAGUGUAGUCGGAGAAAACCAGCAUGGCUGAAGCCCAGUGAAGACAAGCAGGUCAAACAGUGCCAGACCAGCAUCAGUGAAGCCCAGCAUCACAGUGCAUGUCUGUUGGGUUAUGUCCAAACAUCACGAGUCCUUGCAAGCAUCAGCUCUAUCACAUGCCUUUUCACAAGACAGCUUUCAGAAAAAUGACCCAUGUCUGCUUUCAGCAAAACAUGACAUGAUACAACUGUCUGGUCUCCAAAGAAAGCAGAAAUUUCCACUUGACACCAUACACAGUGUUUUCUAGCAUACUCAAAGUUGAGCAGCCACUAUUACUACCUGGUUCUGGAACCUUUGUCACACCCAUUUAUGGCCAUGUAGUCACUGUAGCGGGGCAGUGUUGGCACACAAAACUUUAAUCCUGGCACUGGGGAGACAGAGAAGCAGGCAGAUCUCUGAGUUCAAAGCCAGGCUGGUCUACAGAAUGAGUUCCAGGACAGCCAGGGCUGCACAGAGAAACCCUAUGUUGGAGGGGAAAUUCACUCCAAUUCCUUCCUAAAGUAGCCGCCUACUUCAGACAGUCAUGGAUAUGCACUUCCAGGCUCCUAAGUGACAGCAUACACGAUGUAGCCUUGUUCACAUGUGUCAAGUUUAUCUCAUAGCACUGUUUUUGCUAGUUAUAUGAAUUUUCCAACAUUUUAUCUAUCAAUUCACCAGGUGACAGAUAUUAAGCUAUUUCUAAUUUUAAAUUUAAAAUAUUUUAUCACAUUUAUUUAUAUUUGCUUUUGAGUGGAGCUGCAUGUGCCACAGCGUGUGUGUUAAAGUUGGAAGACGUUGGUUUUCUCCUCCCAUCCUGCAGGUUCCAGGGAUUAGUCUCAGGUCCUUAGGCUUGGUGGCAAGCCCUUUUACAAAGCUGAUUUCUACUUUUUGUCUAUUUUGAUGUUCAGGGUUUUAGAGGGACAUGUGUUUUGGGUUUUUUGGGUUUUUUUUUUUUGGUUUUUGGUUUGUUGUUUUUUUGUUUGUUUGUUUGUUUGUUUGUUUUUUGGCCAUGUACCUAGUAGAGUUGAGUUUAUACAUGGGACUUAUUGGCCCAUUAGGAAACUGUUAAAGUAGGAGCCGGGGAGCUGGUUCAGAGCUUCCAGAGGAUCCUGGUUUUGUUACCAGUGACAACAUGGUAGCUUGCAAAUAUCUGUAAUUCCAGUUCCUGAGGCCCUGCUGCCUUCUUCUGUCCUCUGAGAGCAUUACAUGUGUGUGACCCACAGAUAGAUCUCAUGCACAUAAACAUAAAUACUGAAAAGGAGGAAAUGCCGGAGUAGCUGUACUCCAUCCACGGUGUAGGACUAUGUUCUCUAUCUUCAUGGGCAUUCGCCACAGCCCGCUUGUGCACAGCCUUCUUACUGGGAUGUGCCUCCAUCUCACUGAUCUGCUUCAUGGAUGGCUGAUGAUGCCCAGGUCUUCUCUCCACUUGCUCAGUGGUUAUUGGCAUCUUUGAGGAGUUUAGUUGACAAGUUUCCCUAGUUUUAAUUGGGUUACUUCAUCUUUUUAGUUAUAAGAAUUCCUUAUACAACCCAUGUUAAUAGAAUGCAUAUGAUCUUUGUGUGGGUUUUUUGUUUUGUUUUUGUUUUGUUCAUAUGUUUGUUUGUUUGUUUGUUCUUUUGAGACAGGGUUUCUCUGUGUGGCCCUGGCUGUCUUAGAACUAGCUCUGUAGACCAGGCUGACCUCUAACUCAGAGAUCCCCCUGCCUCUGCCUCCUGAGUGCUGGACUAAAGGUGUGCAUCACCACACCUGGCUCUCUUUGUGUUUUUAAAAUUAUGUUUGUUUUGUGUUCAUUGUGGUGUUUCACAGCAUCAGGGAGGAAGAUAAGAGUCAGUUCUUUCAGGGGGUUGGGGAUUUAGCUCAGCGGUAGAGCGCUUGCCUAGCGAGCGCAAGGCCCUGGGUUCGGUCCCCAGCUCCAAAAAAAAAAAAAAAAAAAGAAAAAGAAAAAAAAAAAAAAAAGAGUCAGUUCUUUCUACCAUGUGGGUCCCAGGGCCCAAACUCAGGUUGUCAGACUUGGUAGCUGGUGCCCUAACCUGCUGAGCCCCCUCACCAGCCUGAGUCUCUGUGGUCGUUUGUUUGUUUGAGACAGGAUCUUACUAGAUAGCCCAGCCUAGUCUUGAACUAAUGUUCCUCCUGCCUCACAUUCCACAUGCACUGUAGGAACAUUGUGCCACUACAAUAGAUUUAUACAGUGUUUUUUUUUCCAGAUCUAAAGCUUACAAAUAUUCCACCCUAUUUGUGGGUUGCCUUUUAAUGUUCAUGAUGGAAUCUUUUGAAUGACACAAAUUUAAAUUGUAUAUGAGAAUACAAGUUCUCAUGUUCUAAGUUAAAGAGCAAGACUGGGAAAGGUAGAGAGGAAAAAGGAGGCAGAUGUGGUCCAGUUGGUAAAACCCUGGGCUUGCAAGCCUGCUGAUGCUAGUUCAACCCCCAGACCCCAGGACAAAUGCACAAGAUGGACACUUGUGAUCUGAGCAGGUGUAAAGUGGCGAGGCUCACUGGAUCUCAGCCUAGCCUAGUGGUUGCUGUAGUCAGGAACUCAAAGAUGGUAGACAGCAACUGAGGCCAUCCUCCGGCUUCUGCAUGCACCCACAUACACAGACAUGUACCCUUCCUACAUGCCUGCGCACUCACAUGCAUGCAAGCAGUCAUAAAAAUACAUUUAUGGAAAGGACUAAAAUGUUAGCAUAGAUAUUUAUACAUAGAAACGACUUUAAAGCUGUCAGUUACUACUUCUGUGUGCUUUCAGGUUAGGUGUGGUGGCCAUGUUUGUGAUUUGAGUGCUGUGGAGGCAGAGGCAGAAGGAUCCUUGCGAAUUUAGGACCAUCCUAGGCUACAUAACAAGUUCAGGCUAGGCAGGAGUGCAGCUGCAGUGAGAUCUCAUUUCAAAGCAAGAACAAAAUUCCAGCAGCAACAACUCAACAUAUUUUCCUGCCACAAGUUUAGUGAAAUCUUGUUAUGUAGAUUGAUAUGUAACAUGUUGUGUCCAUCAUAGUCACUGAGGGUACAUGCACCUGAACUAUGGCAUACACAAGCUCCCAGGUUCAAUCCCAGAACCAUACACACAGAUACACACAAAUGAACAGCGUGGCUUAAAAACAGAGAAGCAAAAACUGAACAUGAUUGAUUUCAUUGGGUUUGAGAUAGCCUUGUAGCAAAAGAAAACAAAGUUAUGUUUCCAAAGGUACUCCAAGGAAAAACUGCAUGUGCACACACAUAUAUGCACAUACACUCAGGCAUAUGUGCACAGAUACACAUGUAUAAACACAUGCACGCACAGGCAUAGACACAUGCAGACGUGUAAUUGCAUGUGCACACAGGCACAUGCAUACACAGACAUGCACACAGUGACAUGCAUAUACAAGCACAUACAUACAUAUACACACAGCCACACAGACAUGUACAUGCGCACACAGACCCAUACACACAUAGGCAUAUGCACACAGACAGGCACAUGCACACACACACAUGCACACAGGCACAUAUACAGACACAUAUGUAUAUGCAUACACAUGCAUAUGCAUAUAGACUUGCACAUGUACACACACACACACACACACACACAUUCAGGAAGGUGGCAUAGAUACUUUAGGAAUGUGCCAAAGGGAAAGGUUCUCUGAGGCUGAGGUCAGUAGGCUGUUCUCUGAACAAUCUAACAUUUGUCCUGAGGAACAAAGGAACCUUUUGUCCAAGAGCAUUUUCCUACCAUUUUCUUAUCACUUGCUGAGUAUCAUUACCACACCCUUAAGAGGUAGACAUUGGGCUGGAGAGAUGGCUCAGCGGUUAAGAGCACUGACUGUUCUUCCAGAGGUCCUGAGUUCAAUUCCCAGCAACCACAUGGUGGCUCACACCCAUCUGGAAUAAAGUCUGAUACCCUUUUCUAGUGUGUCUGAAGACAGCUACAGUGUAUCCAUAUACAUUAAAUAAAUAAAUCUUUAAAAAAAAAAAGAUGGGGUUGGGGAUUUAGCUCAGUCGUAGAGCGCUUGCCUAGCAAGCGCAAGGCCCUGGGUUCGGUUCCCAGCUCUGAAAAAAAGAAAAAAAAAAAAAAAGAGGUAGACAUCAUUAGGGACCUCCAAAUGCCCCCAAGACUCUUUGCUACUGAUGUGCGAUGUGGAUGCCUCCCAGUACUUGGAUUACCUGUUUAGACAGCUACUAAAAUCGCCCAGUAACCAGCAUCUGGCCUUUCAUUCUAGACUGCACGUGCUCGCGCGCUCGCGCUCGCGCUCUCUCUCUCUCUCUCUCUCUCUCUCUCUCUCUCUCUCUCUCUCUCUCUCUCUCUCGUAUUCAAGAGCUGGGACAUAGCUUAGUGCUCAUCAUGCAUGUGUGACAUUUGCCAGGUUCUGGGGUUAGUCCCCAGACCUUAGACACACAGGAGAGACGUUGCAGAACAUGUGAACGUUUAGGUAAAGCCGUGAGAACUUUUGGUUUCCUCUCCCCAGGCUCUGUGGCUCCCUCCACAGGCUGUCCACAAGCUGUUCUGUCCACCACUGCUCUAUCCAGACUGAGUGCCUUGGUACUCAGGCCAUUGCCCACUGUGCUCCUGGAAGGCUCUGUCAGACUUUACACUGUGUCUCCGAUAACACGUUGAUUUAUACAAAAUUGAUUGUACUUAAGCAUGCAGAGGGCUGGGGAUUUAGCUCAGUGGUAGAGCGCUUACCUAGGAAGCGCAAGGCCCUGGGUUCAGUCCCCAGCUCCGAAAAAAAGAACCAAAAAAAAAAGCAUGCUGAGUAGAUGGUGUGUAUAAUAAUAUGUUGAACAUAACAAACAGUAAUGACCUCUUCUUAAUUUUAAUUACUACUAAAACUUUAAUUGAAUAUGCUAUCUUCCUCAUCAUUUUGCCCCCCAAACAGGGACAAGUUUCAAUAGACCUCUGUUUUACCCUGUUUCUUUCUUUCUCUUCCUUUUUUUCCUGUUCCAUCUCUCUUUUGCAAGUUUACUUUUUAUUAUGAAAAACACCCUCUGCUGUUUAUUGCUUCUGCUUCUUGCUCUUUCUUAAAAUUUCAUUUUAUUUACAUCACAAUUGCUGCCCCCCCAGGUCCCCUUCCUGGAGUCCCUCCCUUUCGCCUCUGAGAGAAUGGGGCCCCCCCUGGGUAUCCCCCAAGCCUGGUACAUCAGGUCUGCUGGAUUAGGCACAUCCUCUCUCACUGAGGCAGCCCUCUGCUCUGUGACAUCUGUGCUGGGGGCCUCGGUCCAGCCAGCUAUGCCCUUUGUUACAACUUGCUUUCUUCUGUCACCUGCUUCUUCUAUUUUUGGCUUUGUCCUUGGCCCUUCAGCCUCCUUCCCUUAAGGUACAGGGCAGGAUUAGCUGGGGUGGAGCCCAGCUGAGGUAGGGUGGAGCUACCUGUUCCGAGCCUGACUGAGAAGGGCCUGGGCUUGGAGGGUCGCUGGAACUGAAGUCUGCAUGGCCCUCCCACUGGAGGUCAGCCGCCUGGAAGGCAGAUGGGAGUCUCUUUUUCCUGCGAUACAGUGGAUACAGUUUGCCGUGGCUACUCUGAGUGUUAUAGGUUCCAGUUCACUUAUCACCUACAUCGUGUUCCAGAACCCACAGAAGUCUGCAGAGGUAAAGUCACUCUUGUAUCUGAGCUUCUCUGACCUGCUCCUGGGAAUUUGCUGGCUCAUAAAGGCACUUGUCUAUGGAACCGCAGCAGCCCACAAGGACAGCAUCUGCUAUAACCUACAGACUGCAGGAGAGAUUUUCUACCUGGCCUCACUCGUCUUCACCGUCAGUUACAUCUGGUGUCUGUACGCGGAGCUGAGGAGGAAGCACAGCCCGAGCGAGCAGAGCACAGCUGCGCAGGUGACAGAUUACGCUUGCCAAGGUGGUUGUGUAAUGUUCCUUUUGUCAAGCCUGACACCUCUGCUGUUGAUGACGCCUGUGUUCUUUCUGGGCAACGUCAAUGAAUGUUUCCACAACUUCAGCCAGAACCACAGGUGUAUGCUAAUGCACUCUGAGCCACUGCCCUCCACCAACACGUCUGUCUGCAGCACACUCUAUCUUUAUGGUGUCACCGUUUUCCUGGCCAGCUUUUUCUUCAGCCUCCUCACCAUUGUGGUCUUACUCGUCCUCGCCCAGACGUUAUAUAAGAAGUUUGUGAAAUCCAUGGGCCUUCUGGAGAGCGAGCAGUGGGCAGUGAUCCACACGGUGGGUCAGCGAGUGCGUUUUUUCCCAGCGGCCUUUGUGUGCUGCUGGGGCCCAGCUGUCACACUGCUGAUCAUGAAGCUGACCAAGCCGCAGGAGACCUCCCUGCACGUGGCCCUCUCUGUGCUCCAGAAUAAUGGUCCCCCACAGUGGAUACUGUGACAUCUUCCCAGAAUCUUCCUCAUGCCAGCAACAUGGACACGGAUGUCCCUCCUCUAGCCACACAGCAUUAAUCAGCCCCAGAGCUCUCAAAACACAUGACUAGCUAGCCUGUCUGCUGACUGCAGACCCGGUCACCUUGCUGCCUAGUGAACACAGCCACUUAACAGGCAUCUCAGCCUGAACCCAGCCAUGUCUGCUAGCCACACUUGGCCCAUCCCAGUUGAAGACCAGCCAGUGAGUGCACGUCUGAGUUCUGCUGCACUCUCUGUGACCCCUCUGUGGGCAAAUCCUUUUAGCUUUCGGGGGUGUUGUCAUAUCUCAAGGGAUGACAGUGUUCCUAGAGCUUCUCAACUUCCUAAUGCUGUGACCUGGAAGGUGGUUUUCCAAGUUGCUUUCAUUCCUAUUUCAUACCUAUAACUUUGCUGCAGUUAUGAAUUACAAUGUAAAUGUGUGAUGUGCAGAGGGGCUUAGGAGACCCCUAUGAAAGGCAGCUGUAGGCCGAGGUUGAGAACCACCGCUAAGACCUAGAUCCUACUGUAAGAUCCGUCACGCUCAACACCAGCAUCAUCCUCUACUUGGCAAAGCAAAGCAAGAGCAGAUAACGUUCUGUAACUACACGAUGAAUUGCACAUUUAUUUUAUUUUUCUGAGACAAGACAGGUUUGUUUGUGUAAUUUUGGCUGUCCUGAAACUGACAGAAAUGUAGUUCUCUACAUAGACCAGGAUGGCCUUGAACUCACCUGCCUCAGCCUCCAAGUGCAGGCUUAUGAGCCACCACCAACCUGCUGAAUUGCACACUUUUAUCCUAAGGUGUUAUUCUGUAGUCCAGGCUGGCCACUGACUGGUGCCAGUACUCCUGCCUUAGUCUCCCUAGGUGGAGAUCACAGGCAUGAGACGCCAUAUUUGACUGGGAACUAGAUCUAGGGCAUUGCAUGUGCUAGGUAAGAACAGCACCACUGUUCUCUAUUCACAGCUAAUGGGUUAGUUUCAAGAUGCUUUUAAAAUGAUCAGAUGGUGCAGGGGGUUCUUGCUACAUCUCAGUAUCUAAUUAAGGACUGAUCGGGACAGUCAGACUCAUCAAAUGUUCUUCCUUUUUACUGAAGGGAGGGAAAGGCGCAGUGACAGUGUAGGCUGUGGGGUGGGGUACCCGCCACAGGCUCUUCCUGCCUGUCUCUGAGGAGAGGUAUUAAACCUGUCACACAGAAGGAAUUGUGCUUUGUCCUAGCUCUGUGCCUCAGAGGUAACCAUCUUCCCACUGCAGACCUUGCACGUGCAGACCCUGGCAACCAGGCUGGAGGGGGAGAAAGCGAUGCUCAGUGUAGCAGACCAGGGUCAGUUCCCAGCCAGCACUCACACGACAGCUCACAACUGUCUGUGACUCCAUUUCCACAGGAGCCCACAUCUGGCCUCUAUGGGCCCAAGGUACACAACUUGUUCACAUACACAUAUCCAGGCAAAUAUUCACACAUACAAAAGAAAA